UGAUUCAUAAAUGGUGUGUAUGUAUGUAACAAUUGUUGUUUAGGGCAGGUUGAUGUUACGUGUGGUUACGUUAUAUUCAAAUGUCAAGAAUGUCAUGUCUGCUGUCAGUCACAAGAUUUUUUUAAGUUAAUUUUAAAUAUUAGAAAGAUUAAGUUACGCUUGGAGAUAGCUUUAAACAACUGUUUAUUUAUUGCCCUUUGUUCGUGUAUAUAAUGAUAGAUACAAUGUAUCCAUUUAUGGCAUUCAUGAAUGUUGAAAGUUCACGCUCUUACAUCGACGACCUGUACUCUUUGGAUUCGGAGAAAUGUCUGUCGUCGAUAAUAUGCAUAAAGAACUCCGUGAUUGGUUCCAACAGACAGAAGGAAAGUGUUAUAGCACAAGGCAUCGUACCAAGACUUCUGCAGCUGUUGGAGAACCAGCACAUGACAAGUUCUGUGAGAUUCGAGGCAGCUGUCACAAUUGGAUCACUUGCUAAAGGAACAUAUGACCACAUUGAACUCCUAAUAGAUUCAGGCACAGUUCCACUAUUAUUGAACAUCAUUGAAGAAAAUGAUUCAAGAUUGGUGGAUGCAUGUUUGUGUUGUCUUCGCACUCUGUCACAUCAUGACACUAGACCAUCACUUUACACAGAGAAGCAGUUGAAGAAACUGCUGGAAUUUGCAGGUCCCACAGACAGUCUUUUAAGGCAGUCUUGUGUUGCCAGUAUUUUGACUUCUGCUUGCAAAAGCCCCAAUGAACAAAACGCUCUAUGCACUGUGGGUGCUCCCAGAAUAUUGGCAAGUCUGAUUAGUGUUGAGCAUGUGGCUGUGAGACUACCAGUACUCACCUGUCUUGCAGCCAUGUGCUACAACAACAGAGUAACUUCAGAACAAAUCGCAAAUACCACUUACCAAGAUCUUAAAAUUCCAUGUCAUCUAGUGGAAUUUGUGAAUCGAGAUAAACCAGUGGAAAUACAGCUGGAAGCAGCCAAAUGCCUGACAAACUUAUACAGGGCUGACGCGAUUUCUUCGAAAAAUACAAUAAUUUUGUAUAAAACUUUGCCCUGUCUUGUAAGAUUAUGCCAGAUUGAACAUUCAGAGAGUCAGAGGGCUAUGGCAGCAGAUACUUUAGCUUAUUUGACUGAAGUUGAUAGUGAGUUGCAGCAAACAGCUGCAAUCAGUAAUCAAUUGGUGGCCGCUAUUGCUGACCUUUUGAACUGCCAAAGCGUCGCAGCGCGACAGGCUGCGUUCAGAGCAUUUGCAUCGCUUGGCGCAAACGAUGAGGAUAUCAGGAAAAGGAUUAUAGAGACGCACAAAUUGAUGGAACGCGUUGUGGAUGGUUUGGGUGAUCAAGAGGAAGCGGUUCGACUGGCGACACUACGAUGUCUCCAUUCUUUGAGUCGAUCUGUACAACAGUUGCGUACAACCUUCCAAGACCACUCAGUGUGGAAACCUCUCAUGACUUUAUUAACAGGUUCUCCACCAGCUGAACUUUUAACUGUAGCUUCAUCAUCCCUCUGCAAUCUAUUGCUUGAAUUCUCUCCAGCCAAAGAGCCAAUGAUUCAGUUAGGUGUUGUUCAGUUUCUCGCUGCUUUGACUACUCGCCCGGAGGCGGCGUUACGUUUGAACGGGAUUUGGGCUCUGAUGAAUUUAGCUUUUCAAACGGAGCAGCGCGUCAAGUCCCAAAUUUUAACUGCUCUAGGCACAGAUCAAAUCUUCCGGUUACUUGCCGACUCUGAUGUUGAAGUAUUAAUGAAGACACUGGGACUCUUGAGGAAUCUGGUAUCUCCUCGAGAGCACACAGACAAUAUGAUGGUAUUACAUGGUCCCCAGGUUAUGCAAGCUGUCGUUUUAGUAUUGGAAGGUCCACACAGUCCGCAGGUAAAGGAACAAGCUCUGUGUAUUCUCGUAAAUAUAGCGGAUGGGGAACGCGCGAGGGACCAUAUUAUGGAGAACGAGGAUGUCCUAAAGAAGUUAAGGGAUUACAUGACGCAUCCCGCUCCCGUUUUGCAGACAGCCGCAAUUUAUUGCAUAGGCAAUUUGGUGCGAAAGGGCGAAUCCGGUUCGAACGAACGUCAGAUCAAACUUCGGGAUAUGGGCGUGUUGAGUAUUCUUCAGCAAUUGGUAUCAACGGCGGACGGUGGAUUAAGCGACAGGAAAGGAUUACGAAUUAUUUUGAACAUCCAGUAAAUAAAAGAAGCGGGUCGGAUUGAAUGAAUACUCUUUAAUAUUCUUACAAAUAUUUUCUAUUUCAGAUGCAUUUUGCUACGUCUUA